AUGGAUGAACUUGAAUGGCCGCUUACGUGGUUCUGUUUAGGUCAGUCAGCAACCUUGGAGAGCAUACGAACGUCGCUCUCAGCAAAGUUCCCUUCGAUGCAGACGCCUUCGCAGGACAUGGUGUACGACACGCUAGCGCAGCUGAUGCAGGAGAGGAAAAUUUACCAGACUUCGCGGGGAUUUUUCAUUGUUACACCUGAACGUCGCAGAUCCCGAUCACGGUCAUCUUCCCGUCAUCACAACGGAAUCGAAGACGAGUGCCCUUCCCCGCGCACCAUCCUGAUGUCUGACCAGGAGGCUCUACAUCAGCUGUACGGAGAAAUCACCACAGUGAGAGACGGUGCCGUCACGCAUCAGUGUGUGCAGACUAAUUUGGCUGACGUCAUUUGCGGAGGCAACCCAAACGACAAAAUUCUGUACGGUCGUCCAAACAAACGCCGAAGCGCUUCAUUCCCGGCACCACGUUCGCUGGACCGAAGACACUCCCUUCGGAUCUUCGGCUCCAGCAGCAAGUAUCUGCAACGGUGUGCGUCCACCCGCAGCUUGCAUCACAAGCACGCAAAUACGACUGAUUCGUCUUCGUCCACCGAUUACCCACCGAGUGUUGAAUCUGCAUCGCCUAAAAAAGUGUCCCUGCUCUCCCGCUUAUUCAGACGAAGCGGCCGCAGCAAACAGACGCGCGCGAUGAGCACCUUUUCUGCGCAGUUUCCGCCUACCGAGUGGUUUAACUCCAAAGCGGUGCAUCUACACUGUGUCGCUACGCAGACCAACUCCAAGGAGUCAUUGCAGAGUCAAACAUCAUACAUGUCAUCGUACUACGAUGGUUCAGAAAUCAGUAAUCGGUCAUCGACAUUGCCGCGACGCCACAAGCGACACCUCUCCACCGAGUCUGGCCUCGCUGGUUCCGUCCACUACGAUCAUUCACCCAUCAGGCAGUCCAGCCCUAGUUCAGGCAGUCUACCACGAUCAACACUCAGCAGGAGUUCUACUAACAAGACCAUUUUGGACCAUUUUGGAUCACCCCAACGCGGUAGCGACCCCAAGCUAAGAGACAGCCCCAGCGGAAGUUUAAGGAGAGACUACUCUCACUCAGACCAUGUUAUGUCCACCAGCGGUCCCUCCAGUUUAGAAAGCACAAGCACGCACCGCACUCCCAGAAAGGACAACAAAAACAUGUCUGAUCAAAAUUCUCCAAUGAAAAGGACUUACCAUACCAGCGGCAGUAGUGGUCACUCCAGUCUAGAAUCGCACAUAUCGGACCGUACAUUAAAGCCUUCUCCUAGUCAUAGCAACACACACGCCGGACCAGGUUUGAGUAGAGCUCAAUCACUCGUUAAAGUUCAGAGUUUACAAAGUUCCCCAAAAAGUUUGCACAAGUACAGAUCUAAACCACCAAUAAUUGGAGGAGAAACUCCAAAAAACGGCAAAAAUACCUCUCCGAAGUCGUUUCCAAAAAACUGCCCAAGUACGCCCAAAAAAACCGCAACCCCUUUGCAUAACAAAACAUUAGGCUCGAAAAUAGAAAAUCCGUCCGCUACAAUGAUGGCCAGUUCAAAUUCAAAUAAUUCGAUUACACUAAAAGUUACCACGAACACUAUAUCACAAAACGGUGGUGGUACAAACACCAAAGUCUUUGUACAAAAUUCCCCUGUAAGAUCAGUCAUCACUUUCGAAAACGGUAAAGUCACCGAAACUAGCAACGGAAGCAACAUAUACAUCAUCAACGAUGAUAGGCAAGUUGUAUCGGUUCAAAAUGGGGUCUCUAAUCAAACGCCAAAAAAUCCCACGGAAACUUCCUUCGACGUUUGCGUCGAGAAAAAUAAACAAAUGUACCAAGAACCGGAACCUGUAAAAGUACAAGAAAACAAAUUCAACAAGAAUUCUAUAAACGACACGGGUAUGAAUAACAAUCGUAAGCUAUCCUUGCAAAUAGGCGGCGCGGCUAAUAAUAACAGCUUUAUUUAUAAGAAUCAAUUGAAUAACACAAACGAAGUAUCGUCCAACCCGGCUUCUCCGGCCAUUCAUAACAAUAUACAUAACUUGGAAACGACCACAAAUAGCAACCCGUCUACACCAACGAAAAGUUAUGACAACAUAAUAGGUUCACUGGGAAGUUUAAGGUAUCAAAAGAAUGCUUUGUCUUCCGCAAACAGCGGCCUACAGACCAACAUAAAUUCAAACAGUGAACUAAAAAGUGUCGACCUCUUGAAGAAAGCAGCAGCCUUGCAAAUGUUAAAUGGACUUCCGAAUGUAAAUAACAGGAUGAGUUCCGAGUCUCUUGCAAACUUGUUAACAAAGGGCAUUGAACAGAAGCCUGUAUUGGGAUCUGAGCCCAAUCUGGCAUUAAAGAACCAGGAACAAAUAAAGGACAUAAAUACGUCGACAGAAAAAGUCAACAGCGUGGAAAACAAACAGAAGAGGUACAGCCUGAGCCAAGAGAGCAAGAAAGAGAACCAGGAUUUUUACAAUUUUCCGAGCUUGAGCGAUUUGAGUUUUAAUUUUACUAGUUUAGCCGCGCAGAAAAUUCUGAAAGGGGUCAGUAUCAACAGUGUGGACACUCUGGUGGAGUUGAACAUGGCUGCAAACAAUACGGAGAAACAAAAUAACCGGGAAGUCGCUGCCGUGUGCACUGACUUUGGUCUUGUAUAGUAUCUAACACUGUUAAUCUUGUUAAAAUGUACAAUAGUAGAAUUAACACAGUUUUAAGGUAGUUAGUUGUGUAACUUAUUGGUAACUUCAUAACAUGCUUUAGAUACGCACUACGUUUAGUUCGGACCUUGUACUCGUUUAAGAUUUUGUACUCCCAAUUUAUCAUAUCUUUUAAUACCUUUGUAUACUUCUAAUGAAUUCGUUUGUCUUACUAACUUAUCACCGAAAAUAUCUUAGAAACUAAUGCAGUAUUCAUAUGCCAUCUUCGAAUUAUUCAGUAAAUUCUUAGUUUGUAGCUCAAUUUGAUAAUUAAAGGGACAAUAAAAAAAACUUAUACGAUACAUACCAUCAUGUGGCCUAACAUUUUUUAAACUAGUACCUAAAUUACGUAAUGCCUAUUUUGUAGCCGACUGUAAUCUUCCAAUUAUUAGCACAUAUCUUUUUAACUUCUUUAGACGUUGUAUUGCUCCCUGCACUUAUAUUUAGUGCCAUCGCAUUUCCAACGAAAAGUUGAGUACAAACUAGAAUACAUCCCCAACAUGUUCCAUCCAAAAUGGGAAUUUAUAGGAAUGAUUCAUAAAAUAAAUGUCAUGUUUAAGUGCCAUAAAAACCAUAGUAUAAAGCAUGUAGCGGGCGAAACCAGGCAAUGGUAAUCGGUAUUGAAUAUUUGGUCUGCAACAUUGAGAAGAAUUACGUUGUUUCUGUAAAAUUACAUUGUUAACACAUGGCAGAUUGUGAAUUGUUUAACAUAAUCAUAAUUAUUACUACAUCAGACAAACUUUUCUUAGAAGGGGAGAUCGAAAAAAAGAGAGGCAAAGGAAGACUAAGAUGAAAUUAUUUAGAUCAGUUAAGAGAAAAAUUGAUGUUCAAUCGCAUCCGGAACUUAAAGUGUCUCUGUGGCCGAACGGUUACCAUCCUGGACUGCCACGCAGAG